AUGGUCAUUCUUCAAAAGGUCCCUCAUGUUCGCCGGACCCGCGACAUCAAACCACUGCUGACUCGGCGUCUUGAUCAAUGGGACAGUGGUCUUUAUGAAUCACUUGCUACCGAAUGUCACAAAGCCAUGGAGUCUUUCCUCUCCGAUCGCCGUGGCUCCAGCACACCAGAACAACGAGCCCGCCGCUUUCAGCAUCUCAUGCUUCAAGGUGAGGUGCGCCGAGCUGUCCGCUUUAUCACUGCACGUGAACAAUUCGGCGUGCUGCUCCCCACAGCUCACACUGAUGACGGCAAGGGCACCGAGCGGUCUGUCUUGGACAUUCUCAAAUCCAAGCAUCCCUCUCCAACCCCCAUUAAUUUCGCCCAGCUUCCCAAAUUCGAUGCUCCCCCACCAGCCUUUGUAGAUCUUCAAAUUACCCCUGAAAUUACUGAACAGGUUGCUGGCAAACUAUCCGGUGCUUGUGGCCUAGGCGGCACCGAUGGUCCAACUCUCAAAAAUUGGCUCCUUCGCUAUCGACGAGCUAGUACCCACCUUCGAGCUGCGUUUGGUCUCUUUGCUCAAUGGCAAGCCAACAACUUGGUUCCUUGGGCCGCCAUCCGAGCUCUCAAUGCCAAUCGCGGCAUGGCUCUCGAUAAAUUUCCCGGUGUACGCCCCAUAGGUAUUGGUAACAUUGAACGACGCUACAUUGCCAAAUGUGUCCUCGCUGUUGCUGGCCCCGCUGCGGCUGCAGCAGCUGGCACUUCUCAGCUUUCCGUUGGUUUGAAAGCAGGCAUUGAAGGUGCCGUCCACACGGCCAAUCAUGUCUGGGAUCAUCACCUUGGCUCAUCUGACAGUCUCGACUCUGAUUUCGGCUUCCUUAUUAUAGAUGCCUCUAAUGCCUUCAACGAAUUGAAUCGAACUGCCAUGCUUUAUACAGUUCGCCAUCUUUGGCCCGAAGGCGCCCGCUUUACCUUCAACAGUUACAAACAUUGGUCCCUUGUUAUUUUUCACGACUCCACCGCUGAACAGCUCACAUUAUCCUCAGCGCUGUUGGAGUCGUGCAAGGUGAUCCUUUAGCCAUGUACUGCUACGGUUUAGCCUUAGUUCCUCUCAUUAAACGGCUUCACCAUGAGUUCCCUCACCUUCUGCAUCUCUGGUAUGCCGAUGACGCCAAUGCUGCCGGCAAAUUUACUGAUUUACAAUUGCUUCUAGACCGUCUUAUUCGGCUAGGCAAACCAUUCGGCUACUUUGUUCAGCGCAAUAAAUGCACAAUUAUUACUCACAGUGCCAAUUUUCACACAGCCACCACUCAGUUUACGCGUACCCGCGGCUCUCAACUCAAAGUCAC